UUUUACCCUGCACCUGGGAGGUUGUGGGACCGGGGGGGCUUUACCUCCAAGACCAAGACCUACUUUCCACCUGUGUCUGGUCUUGUGUGUGUGAGUGUUUGUGUGCACCCAGGGGUGGUGGUCGUCUUCGCACGUACACGCACGACACAGGUUAAGACAAAAAGCAGGAGUAGAGGGAUGACAAGUGGGAUUUCGCUCUAAGAGGAUUAUCGCGGUCGUUAACAAGACCGGCGGGUGGUUGACGAUGCCCGGUUGGCCGGUUGGAAGGCAACGCCAUGCUGUUGCCUCCCACAAACCCCGUUUGCCAUCGGCGAAUGUAGAUACUUGGAGAAUUGUUCAAAAAAAAAAAAAAACUUAUUGUAAAAAUUCCAAGAUGCACUACGGUUGUUUUUACCUGUUGCGCACGGAAAACGCACCGGGAGCGCGUCCGCGCUGGAGAGCGGUUUCCUGAGAGGAGAGGAGUUUGUUGACGGGCCGAUUCUGACAUGAAGACGCGACCUGCGGGGAUCGGUGAUCUCAACGCUGACUGGAUGGGUUCGCUCCCCUCCCAGCUCAGUGCCAUGCCCCUGAAACACCUCGCCGUGCCAGGAUCCCAUGAUUCUUUCACCUUCUGGGUGGAUGUGCAUGCUCCCGUGGGCCCCGAUCAGAAGGCUUAUGUCAAAUACCUGGCCACCAUGUUCAGUGUCUUAGCCAAGAAAGUCAUGGUGAAGUGGUCCAUGACACAGAACCUGACUUUUAAGGAGCAGCUGGAUGCAGGAAUUCGCUACUUCGAUCUCAGGGUCUCCUCCAAACCAGGCGAGCCAGGGAACGAGAUUUACUUCAUCCACGGCCUCUUUGGACACAAGGUGAAGGAUGGACUAUUAGAAAUCAAUUCCUUCCUUUGCAGACACAGGAAAGAGGUGGUGUUUCUGGACUUCAACCAUUACUAUGCAAUGGACGCAGAGCACCAUGUGUACCUCAUCACCAUGCUCCAGGAAGUGUUUGGCAGCAAGCUUUGUAGCAACGGUGCGGUGGAGAGCAUCACUCUGGACUACCUGUGGGAGAGGAAACACCAGGUAAUAGUGUUCUACCAUCAUCCCUCAGCUCAGGACAUCCCUGUCAUGUGGCCGGGCAACAAGAUCCCUGCUCCGUGGGCAAACACCACGAAACCCAACAAGCUCAUACAGUUCCUGGAAACCACACUGAAGGAAAGAAACAGAAAGGGCUCCUUCCACGUGUCGCAGGCGAUCCUCACACCCAGGGUCAACACCGUGGCCAAGGGCCUGGUCUGGGGGCUACGUCACUACCUGGUGGAGAGAAACCUGCCUACCAUCAUGUCCUGGGUGGAGGCUCAGAGGCCGGGCGCGGAUGGGGUCAACAUCAUCACCUCGGACUUUGUGGAGCUCACUGACUUUGCCAACACUGUCAUCAAACUCAAUAACCUGCUGUUGUCGGAACGGGAGCGCAGAGGAAGAUGACACGCGUCGGCACAACUAACUGAUGUGUACUGACCCACGACGUGAGUUGGAUUGUCGGGAGUGCUGGGAAUUUGUUUCUGAGAACAUUCUGUGAAGUCAGUUCCAAUAAUGAUAACAUAUUAGUUUACAUCAGUGACUCUAAUGAUGAUUUUUACUUACUUACACAUUGAGAUACUGUACACAGCCCUCUAGACCGUCAGCUAACUCUUGGUUAUUAGAACGUCGACUCCCUCUGCCACAAUAUCAUGCAAAAAAGAGCAACAGCUGAGGUCAGAGAAGACCAUGUACGACCUGCUGCAUUUCUCACUACAUCUUCAUGAGGCCAACCAAAUCCAAAAACUUAGUCAUACCACAGCUCCGGCUUCAUUUGUGGAUUUUCCUUUCAUUUUGAGGAGGGGGUUGCCUGGAAACAUAUCGCCUUGCUUCUAUGAAAUGGAACCAGAUUGUCAGCCACCCGUGACAUGGACAAUGAUCGUCUGACUCAGGGAUUAAAUGUCUAAGGUUCAACAUCUCAGGUGUUUAAGGGGGGGGAGGGGGGAGUUGGACUUCACUGUCUCAACACUUAUGGUUUGUCUAUAUAGUUUAACUAGAGAUAUAAACGUUGUCACUUUUUUUUACAUUUGAUAGAAUUGCAUACAUUACAGAAUUAUAGUGGGAAAGCCAAAUAUGUGAAGAACUCGUGCCACAAUUCUCAUAAAACGUGUGCACCCAUUCAUAAAGUCUACACAGCUGUAAAUGUUAA